GUAUUUUUUUCUUGUUUAUAUUUACACAGAUAAUUCAACAAAUUGAUUUGAACAGCUGAAUUUUACCAGGAGAAUUGAUUUACUUUGUCAGAAAACGGUCUCCAAAAUGUCGUAUGAGGCGCCAAUCACAAGGCAUGCGUUGGGUGAGCAAAUUGAGCUGGGCACUUUGUUUGACGCCACUACAGGUCAAUUCUAUUCGAGUUUGAGUCUCUGGAAUCACAAAGACAUCGAAAGCCAGCAAAUAAUCACAGAUGCUCAUGAUAUCAAAUUGAAAGUCUCGUCAACUGUUGAAGAGCUGCGAAAUAACAGUGACCUGGAUGCAAACGGGGCCUUGGACAUUGCUUUCGGUUUUGUGAAGCUGAACGGUUCUGCUAAGUACUUGAGUUCUUCAAAAAAUACCACGAACGAAGCUCGAAUUGACGUGACAUGUAUCAAAAAGAACAGAGUUAGAAGCAUCCCAAUGGAAACUAUGAUCGAAAUGCCUCAUCAGAAUUUGGUUCUUAGAAAUCCCAACAUUACUCAUUUUGUCUGUGAGGUGACCGAGGGAGCAACUGCAAACAUUUCAUUCAGAAAAAAGUGCUCAAAUAACGAUGAAAUCAAAGAAAUUGGUGGUAAAAUGUCAGGUGAAUUGAAAAAAAUAGUUAGCGGCGUGAAAAUUUCUGGCGGAGUGACACACACAACAGGUGACACGAAAAACAUCGACGAGUACACUAUCGAAGUCGACGGAGUUGUUGACGUGCCAAUAUCGAGUUUCGAAGACGUUGCAAAAGCUGCCCGAGAUAUGCCAGAAACCCUGAAACGUUACAACAACACAUUGACAGUGAAACUUCUUCCAAUUUCUCUUGUUUAUACUGACGAGAAUCGAAUAGUUCGAAGCCUGGACGAAAAAACUAUCAGUCGAUUGGCGAACACUUUGGACAAAACGACAAAAUCGCUAGCGUCACUAGAAGAUUUGCAAAAAUUGUGCUGCAUCAGAACUAUAAAUUCAUGCAAGAAACAAUGUGAAAACUUCCAAGGCAAGUAUGGAUCAUGCUUGGAGGAGUUCAAAGAAAAAGUUCGUGAAAUUUUGCCAAAAUUGAGAAGCGGUACCCAAGAAGAAACAUCAUUGCUAAUCAGCGAGAUCAAUAAAUCAACUUCUGUUGUUAAAAAACAGCACCACGUUGCGGAGAGUUUUAUAUCAGCGAAAACAAAGGAAAAUCAUUUCUUACAGAAAGUUUUCGAACAAUUGGAAAAUGAGGGUUUCCAGAACUUUGAGACAGAUUCCGAUAAUGAUUUGAGCAAUCGAGUUUUUUUGGAUAUUUCAUGCAAUGAGUUAUUGCAAAAAAGGCAUGCAAUGGAAUCCAAACUAAAAAUCGAAAGCAUUGAUGACGCUGUUAACACUGAUAGCGAUGCAGAGAGCGAUAGCGAUGAUAACGUAACUGAGUGGUUUGAAAACGGCGAGAGUGCUGAGGCACUGCAGAAGUCGAUCACUGAAAUAUCAAAACUAAGAAGCUCAAUUGAAAUGCCUGAAGUCAGCUUCGGAUUCGGAGUAACAAAAAAGAAAAAAGAAGCCAACAAACCUGGUCAAAUAUCCUUGGUUUCCAGUUUAGGAACUUCAAUAAUUCCAGUAGAAUUGCCCAAACCAAUAAUUGAGACAACUGUAGCUUCUGAAACAACUAUCAAAGUCUCGUGGACCAAUUUGGAUCAUAACUAUCUAACCGGUUUUCAGAUUCAGUGGAGAUCAAAAAUGUCAUCAAGUUCGGCUGGGCCUAGAUCGCAGGAACAUGAUGAUAGACCAUGGGAUAUUGAAAACCUCGAACCUACUAAAACUGAUUUCGAAAUCUCGAGCUACCAGACAUCACCUCUUAAAAGUGGACGAUUUUAUGAAACAAGGAUUGCUGCAAAGUAUAAGCUGCUGGGGCUAGUUUUUUGCAGCCCCGUCGAGUCCGAAACAAAAACAGGACCCUUAUUUUCACGAGCUACAACAGCAGAGAAGUUGAUUGAAUUUUUUGAAGAAGAAAAUUCAUCAUUAUCACACGAUUCACGACAAUAUUCUUUUAAUAACUGGAAGGUUGAAGGUUGUAAUUUGUAUCUAGGUUUAAAGCCCACAGAGACAAAGUUUCACAGCUUGACAGUUUUUGAUAUUGCUUGUGAGUUUCAACCAGAAGUAGUUGCUUCGCCAGUGGGCGGUGACAAUGCUAUUAUGUUGAUAUUUCUUGGUGAAGGCCCUACCGUAGAAGCAGAAAUGAAUGCCUACAUUUCAUUUCUAUUGGGCGCUUCUUUGAAAAAUCGGUAUCUAUUUCGGGUUGCUGACAGCUUCCCACGUAAUGCUAUAUUUCGACUAAAACCUCUCUCAGAUUUGUUUGAAGGCAAAACUAUGUACUUUGUAACAAGCCUCGAAAAUUACAUGCUCUUCCAACUACAGAUCUACAAAUUGUACGCUUAUUCAAAGUGUAGUUCUAUUAUAAAAUGUUUUGACGAAAGUGAUGAAUUGAGAGAUAACGAAAAAAGUUUUUUUAAAAACGCAACCAUCCUGUUUAGGAACGCUGGACAGAAACAUAUGGCGAUUAUCAACAGACAAAACAACUCAAAAACAGAUACUGUGUACAAUUUCAUCGAAAACGAUCUUGAGCUGAAAGGCAACAAACAAGUUUUGGAAACAAUGAACUAUCACCAUCAUCCUGCUUUUGAGAAAAGUGAACUCAUCACGGAGGAUGAUAUUGAGAAAUGGGAUGCAAGCAUGGCCUGUCAAAGGAAAAUGCAUGCAAUCGUAAUGAAUUGCACGUAAACCUCUUUGAAAGCGACUGUAUAAUCAACUAACAUGCCUGAUUUCGAAUAGUAUUCUGUAAUUCACUCCUGAAUCAAAAUCAUGUGGCCCCAAAUAAAAACGUGCAAAGCAAACCAUUAGUUUUUUUAUAUGUAGCAGAAUCGAUUCACCGUUGUUUCUAGAAAAUAGUGAUAUUUUGUGCAUUAUCAUUUUUCGGAAAGAUUUGAUUUUCUUAGACCGUUGUGAAAACUGAUGGAUGCAGUAGACCUGA